GCACUUCUUAUCUUUCGCAGAAAUGAAGACGUCGGUAAUGAGCUCCAAGAUCAGGUAAACUUUAUCACCAACAAACGUGGGUACCACCUCCACUUUCGCAGCAAACAGCGAUCAUUCAGUGUUCAGUAACAGAGCGAUUCAGUCGUUUAAUCAUAGACUUUUUCAAGGUAUCAGUCCGAUAUUCGUACAUGUGGAAUAAUUGCUGAAAAAAUCGGUUGUAAUGUAUAAGAGUCUGGAGGACAUUAUGGCCGAGGGUUUCUCGUUCACCGUACCCUCUGGCGUGGACUUGGAAAAACUGGGACUAGACGAAAAUAUAUCAGUCAUAAUAGCGCCGGGUUCGAAUCUGGCGGCGGUGCGGCAGAGCGAAGAAUACGAACAAUUUUUGGCCGAUGUGUGGAUAGGCAUCAUCCUGACUCUGAUGGUGGUGAUUUGUGUUUGUUGCAUGUGUUCGUGUUUGUUGUAUCACAAGUUUCAACAGUGGAAAAGAAGACUUAGGUCAUCAAGGACACCGUCCAGUGUUGAAGAAGGAGGAAGUCCGGGCUGUACAGACACAGAUUUACCAAGUUACGAUAUGGCAUCCGGUCUGCCUAGCUACGAAGAAGCCAUACUUCAAUUACAAAGGGUCAAGGAACUAGCGGCCGGAGAACGAACCGUGAACAGAUCACCACCCCAAGAACCCGAAUGGGUGCCGCGCACACCUCCGACACCUGUGCAUCAACCCCUUUCUGAAUUGCUGAGACAACUUGCCUCAUCGACCAAUACGAGCACAGGAACCUCAAUCAAGACAACAUAGUGGACAUAGACUCUUCUUGGGAAUGAACCGACAGAUUGUAUAGUGUAAAUAUAAGAAUUUCCUGUAUAAGUAUAACGCUGGCGUUGUUAAAUACCAAAGAAAUCCUUUUUAAAAAUUUAUUGACGAUACAAGUUAUCCGAAUGAACGGGAAUAAAAAAUAAGCAUUCCUAAGAACAGAUCUGCGAACCCAAAUUCGACGUUCUUCCAUAGGUGCAUCGAGAUAACUUCCUGCAUCGACAUGAAUGAAGUUUGUCAUUUGAUUUUCUGAAUAAUUGUAGUUUGUAAAUGAUUGUGUACUUUGUUUCCUUGAAUUUUGAUACCGUGGACCACAUUUCAUUUCAAAUUCAAAAAAUUUCAGAACGUGAUAAAGUAUUAUGUUGGGCUGCUCAAAAUAAAACUUGUUCAGUACUAUGUAGAUGUAAAAUAAACUGCAUUUUCUUUCAAAAGAAAGGUAUAUUUAGCACGGUAAUCUGCCUCUUUUAAAUCGUAAUUGAAUUAUCCUUUUCAGUAUAUUAUACAUGCCACCCUUCACCAGAAGGUCGAUCUUCAUCGAUAAUUUCUAAUUGAAUUACGAUCCUUCAUUGACACAGGUAACUCGUCGAAACAAUUAUUCAAAACAUUUUUUAAUAACCGUAAUUUGAAAAGUAGCAUUGACCAGAGAAUAAACGGUUAGCCUCGUCGUUUAUCAGAUUCAGCGCUGCAGUAAUUUCCGCAAAAAAAUAAUUUUAUGAUUAUGUCAAAACCAAUAAAAUCGAAUCUUGUGUUGAAACGCAGGAGGGUGGCGCUGAGCUGCCAGUAUCAAUCAUUUUCUCAUGAUGAACGAGUUUGAAGGUUAUAUUUCGUGACCAUAUUCACGAAGAGAUUUCUUUGCUUUUUGGAUAAAUCCUUUCGCUUGAUCUGUAUGAAUAAAACUGACGUUUGAAAAAAACAAUUUGAUUGUAAAAGCAUAAUAAACCAAAUUCUAUUACGUUCAUUAUACCUGUUGUGAUAAAACGCAGGAAUGAAAUUAUUAUAAAAUAAUUAUUUGAAUUUGAGAAAAUCGAUAAAAACUGUCAUGAGAUGAAGUUCAAGAGUAAUUAUUAAUGUUUGAUAUACCCUUUGCGUUUAAAAUAACAAGAUUCGCAGCUUGAUUUUGACCUUGAAUUCGAUAAACUACUUCUUUGAUCAAUGCUACGCUGGACUUAUAUAAAAAAAAACCUCGUGGUGCCUAAUGUUACAACAAACAUACCUAUUCAGUUCCGAAUUUCAGUGUUCAAUAAAUAAUGAUAAUAAGUCAUGCAUAAAGAUUCCAAAUCACCCUGCAAUCACUAUGCAACAUACGUACAAAAUUUUCAAAUAUUCAACGGCUAUUUUCCUAGACACAGAAUAACCUUCAGAUUUUGACGGUUAAUGUUAGCUGAAAUUUUUUU